CGUAAAAUAAAUUGUCAAAGAAAACCAAAAUACACGUCCAAUGACUAGUGAAAACACCAGUGAAGUCGAAGUCGACCAUAGUCAUUACGUCCAUCUUCUUCAGGUAAAUCGUGAAACUCGGUUUCAACAGAAAAAUCUCAUCCCUGGAUCCCAUUCCAUGUUUUGUUUGUCGAAACAAGAAUGAGAAGUAUAACUCUAUCACACUAAGAUCAUCAUCGUCUUCUUCUUCCUCUUCUUAAGUACAAUGGCUAUGUUUUCUGGGCUUCUUCUCCUUCUCCUGCUUCCUAACUCUGCUUUUUCCCAAACCAAUGGCAGCGUCAAAGUUGGAACAACUCUCUCUGCAACAGACAACUCAUCUCCAUGGAUUUCUGCAUCAGGUGAUUUCGCCUUCGGUUUUCAGCAAGUGGGUAAUAAUAAAGAUCUCUUCUUGCUCUCUAUCUGGUACGCUAACAUACCAGACAAAACAAUAGUUUGGUACACUAACGCCAACCCUCCAACAGCGCCGAGGGACUCCAUACUCACCCUGACUGUCGAUAGAGGCCUUGUGCUGACUAAUCCUCAGGGCGAAGAGCUAUGGAAAUCUGACUCUGUUUUGGGGGAUGUUUCUCACGGCGUUAUGAGCGAUGAAGGUAACUUCAUUAUUGAAGAUUCAAGUUCUGAAAAGUUAUGGGAAACUUUUGACCACCCAACUGAUACCAUGUUGCCUACUCAGACACUGGACCGAGGCGGUGUUCUUUCAUCUCGUCAAACUGAGACCAACUUUUCCAAAGGUAGAUUCCAGUUGAGGCUGCAGCAAGAUGGGAAUCUUGUGCUCAAUACCAUAAACUUGCCGACUGACUUUGCCAAUAGUCCUUAUUAUGAAAGUGGCACCAGUGAGGGGACUGAUUCAUCGACAGCGGGAAAACAAUUGGUGUUCAAUGAGACAGGUAAUAUGUACGUUUUGAGAGCAAAUGGAGAAAGUUAUAUUCUGGCUAGGGGGGAUUUGGUCUCAUCAAGGAAUAACUAUUUUAGAGCUAUUCUUAGUUUUGAUGGGGUUUUUACUCAAUAUUAUCAUCCCAAGAGUGGGAAUGGGAAAUGGACUUUUCUCAAGGCCAUACCAGAUGAUAUUUGCCUGACCAUGAGGGUCGAAGCAGGUGCAGGUGUUUGUGGGCACAACAGUCUCUGUAAACUGAAAGAAGAACAGAGGCCAUCAUGUGGUUGUCCAAUAGGGUAUUCAUUGAUUGAUCCAAAUGAUGAUUAUGGAAGCUGCAAAUCUGAUUUCAUACAAGGCUGUGAAGAAGAUGAGCUUAGUUCCAAAGAAGAUUUGUAUGGAGUUGAGGAGAUUAUCAAUGCGGAUUGGCCUACUUCAGAUUAUGCUGAAUUGAAGCCUUUUGAGGGAGAAGACUGUAAAGAGUCUUGCUUGAAGGAUUGUUUGUGUGCUGUUGCCAUUUUUAGAGAUGGCACUUGUUGGAAGAAGAAGCUACCUCUCUCGAAUGGGAGAUUCAACAACAAUCUUAACUCGAGGGCCUUUAUCAAAAUUCGUACAGACAAUUCUACUUUCCCUAAUGGAACUAAUGGCCACAAUCAAGCCCCAAGCAACAAGACCAAGAAUCAAGAUACUUUGAUUCGGGCUGGAGCAGCUCUUUUAGGUACCUCUGUUUUUGUUAAUGCUGUAUUGGCUGCAGCAGUUUGUUUUGGAUUUUUCUUGAUAUACCAAAAGAAAAGGAUAAAGUUUUCACCAUCUCAAAGAAUUCCUGAAUCAAAUUUGCGUUGCUUUCCUUAUAAAGAGCUUGAGGAAGCCACAAAUGGGUUUGAAGAAGAAUUGGGAAGAGGAUCUUUUGGAAUCGUUUACAAGGGGACACUACAAACGAGUUCUGGUGUUGUUAUAGCGGUUAAGAAGCUAAAUUUUGUGGCACAGGAGACUGAGAAAGAAUUCAGAAAUGAGGUCAAUGUAAUAGGUCAAACACAUCACAAGAAUCUAGUUCGCUUAAUUGGAUACUGUGAUGAUGGACAGAAUCGUUUGCUGGUCUACGAGCACUUACAAAAUGGGACUUUGGCAAACUUUAUGUUUGGAGACUUAAAACCCAGUUGGAAGCAAAGAACUGGACUUGCUUUAGACAUUGCAAAAGGACUAUUAUAUUUGCAUGAGGAGUGCAGCUCCCAGAUCAUCCAUUGUGAUAUAAAGCCUCAAAACAUACUUCUUGAUGAGUACAACAAUGCCAAGAUAUCAGAUUUCGGCUUGGCAAAGCUGUUGAUGAUGAAUCAAAGUCAAACAAAUACAGCCAUAAGAGGAACAAAAGGGUAUGUUGCACCAGAAUGGUUUAGGAACAUGCCCAUUACUUCCAAAGUGGAUGUCUAUAGUUUUGGAGUGGUACUACUUGAGAUUAUUUGUUGCAGAAAAAGUGUUGAUAUGGAGAAUGGUGGGGAAGAGGGAGUGAUAUUGACAGACUGGGCUUAUGAUUGCUUCAGAGAAGGGUCAUUAGAUGUGCUUGUUGAUUAUAAAGCUGAUGUUUUAGAUGAUAAGAAGAAAUUGGAGACGUAUGUGAUGGUGUCCAUGUGGUGUAUUCAAGAAAAUCCUUCUCUUAGACCUAACAUGAGGAAGGUUGUUCAAAUGCUUGAAGGAGUUGUUGAAGUAGAUGAUCCACCUUGUCCAUCUCCCUAUUCCAUUACCAAUACCAAUUGAAACCAGCUCCUUUUUAUAGUCUUUGUUAAGUUGUAUUGUAGUAUUCGAUUGAAAAUUUAAGUAUGCCCACCUCCAUACUCCAUGACCACUGUAAACCCCUUUGUACUUUUCACUUCUUUGCUAAGGCUAGUAAUUUGUAGUUUAUAGUGUAAUCUGUCACUAAGUAAUUGAUCAUGUCCAUGUAUCUUCAAAUUGAAUGUCUUAAUUCCUAGCUAAUUAAGAUGUGUUUUUUUCUCGAGAUUUCUGAGUGACUAAUUUCUUACAUUAAAAGAGUAAUUAACAUAGAUGCAUGAAG